UUUUAUAAUGUCCCGGCCCAUUGCUGGGGGAGGGGCGCUCGUUGCUGGUCUGGAGCCUGCUUCCCGCAGGGCCAGGAGAUGGGGCAAGCCAGUGGGCCGGCAGCCCAGGACCCCAGGGAAACGCCUCUUGGCCCAGGGUGCGGAUCCUCGGCAGGGGUGGGGGGGCCUGCCCAAAUAACGGGAACGUUUCUGGGCGCCUUGGGGUUGGCUUAGAAACCAAGCCAGAAGCCGAGAUUGCUGGCCCCGAAUGGCUGGCGUCUCCCGUCGGCGCUUGCCAGGUUUGUCUGGAGCCGGAGCCGGGAAGGAGGGAGCCAAGCGCCUAGAUCCCCUGCGUAUCAGGAGCGAUCUUUGACACCCUUGGGCAGACAGCUGGCGGCCGAGGCUGGCCCUUCCUGCCGGAGUCGGCCCAGGCGGCCGGGCGUUCUGACCGAGCGGAGGGCCAGGAUCCCGUCCCAGCUGGGUGGCGCUCGAAGGGACAGGGCUGCUUGUGCUGAGGUCGUUGUGUGGGCGAGAGCCCCUGUGUGGAUGCCAUGAUCCUGGCCAAGUCCUUUUGCCGGGAUGGCGGAUUUCCCUCGGAACCGGGGAGAGCUCUCGCUGGUCUAACCUGCCCCGGCACUAACCGGGCUGCAAAUCUCCUUCGUGUAGAAAUGGGCCUUUCCCCUAAUCAGGUUAUCUCAACGGAGCUCACUGAGUGCGAUUAAACCCCCAGGUUCACACCACUGGUGACCUCUGUGGUCUGGCCUGCAACCAGAACUGACGUGGACAUUGCUACUUCGCAGGGGGGUGUAAAAACCUCCCGCCCCAGAGAGACCCAGCGGAGCCAGCCCAGCUCCCAGUGUAGACGCUGCUAGAUUGACAGUCGAUCUCGAUCCGCCUCUCUCGGUGGAUUAACUACAGCGAGAGAGAGAUCCCUUCUGCUGUGGGAGUGAGUGAGCCGGCCGACUGCCCCGCUACGCCCCUUAACAACUCCACCCCCCACGCGGCGCGGAGUCACGGUCCACGCAGUGAGGGCGACGCGGGGUCAGUGUAGCCGUCGCGUCACAUACGUCGACUGUUCCUGCCUUUUGGGCGCCGCUCCGCAAUCCCCCGCGCUGCCGGCACCAUCGGCGCCAGCGCUCCGGGUGAGGUGCACGCCGCCGGCACUGGGGGCUGCGUGUGGACGUGCACACGCGAUGGACUGGCUGUGGCGGCUGGACGCCAACGGAGCGAUGCCUGCGGGAGAGAAGCGCAAACUCUCGGCGAGGGAGGAUGUCUCGAGCGAUGCGGUGGCUCCUCAGGACGCCGAGCUGUCUGCGCAGCUGCGCCGGUGUCUCUUCUACGCCACGGUGGAUAAAUUCAGGACGGAAUGCGUGGCGAAAAGGCCUAACCUACACCGCCACGUGCUGAUCUGCAACACCCUCCAUCGAAUCCGGGAAGAGAUGUGCCUGGAAAAGCACCUCCUCCCUGGCCUGAAUCCCCUGACCCUUAUGCAUCCACCUCCUGUCCAGCCAGAAGUUACCCCCCCGUCUCUGGCCCGGGAGGUGACAUCCUGGUUCAAGGCGGCGAGCCAGCCUCCGAAAGGCUCGGGCGACGCGGAGACAGCGGGGCUCGACUUUUCUGCAGCCUCUGCCGUCCCCGCCAUCCUGGAGGCUCUGGAGCCGGCACGGGAGCCUGGUGGCCCGCAGGACUCACUUGCAGACCCCAGGCCUGCUGUGGAAGAAGCGGAGCUGGCGCGUCUCUUCGGAGCCGGCUCGUCCCAGAGCCACCGGCAGCCAGACGCUGGAGAGAGCCACGGGCUGGCGACAACGGGCAGCCGCUGUGCGGCUGAGGAACUUCGCCGGGGUUCGCCGGGAAACGCUGCAGCAAACCUGAGCCUGGGAACUGCCUUGGGGGAAGCGUGGCCACAGGCCGAGUUGCUGCUGGCUAGCGCUGAGUUUGCUAAACCUGCCGAUUCCUUCUUUGGGAGCUUUGAGAUCCUGGACUCCGGCUACCUCAGUGACCUGGCCGGGGACGAUCUGUUUUCCGACAUCGACACUUCGGGCUUUGAGAGCUUCGGGGCAGACGCGCCCAGCAGCCGGCAGCCCUCCCAGGCUAGCGGGGACCCGGCAGCGCCCUGCAACACGGCAGGGAGAGACUGGCAUGACCUCGACCACCUGAUGGAGAUAGUCGUGGGCUCCUAAC